CCCGGGGUACCGCUGAGGCGGGGCGGGCCAGGCCAGAGGCUCUCCGGCGGCGGGCGCGCAGGGGCCCGGCUCCCGAGGCGGCGGCAGGCAGCAUCUCGGCGCGGGGAGCGGCUCCGCAGCCACCGGGCCAAUGAACAUGUCAGUGUUGACUUUGCAGGAAUACGAAUUCGAGAAGCAGUUCAACGAGCAUGCGGCCAUCCAGUGGAUGCAGGAAAACUGGAAGAAAUCAUUCCUGUUUUCAGCUCUGUACGCUGCCUUUAUAUUUGGUGGUCGGCACCUAAUGAACAAACGAGCAAAGUUUGAGCUGAGGAAGCCGCUAGUGCUCUGGUCUUUGAGCCUCGCCGUCUUCAGUAUAUUCGGUGCUGUUCGAACUGGUGCUUACAUGCUGUACAUUUUGAUGACCAAAGGCCUGAAACAGUCAGUGUGUGACCAGAGUUUUUACAUUGGACCUGUCAGCAAAUUCUGGGCAUAUGCAUUCGUGCUAAGCAAAGCACCCGAACUAGGUGAUACAAUAUUCAUUAUUCUUAGGAAGCAGAAGCUCAUCUUCUUACACUGGUACCAUCACAUUACAGUGUUACUUUACUCUUGGUACUCCUACAAGGACAUGGUGGCUGGCGGGGGCUGGUUCAUGACCAUGAACUACGGGGUGCACGCCGUCAUGUACUCCUACUAUGCCUUGCGGGCCGCCGGCUUCAGGGUCUCGCGCAAGUUCGCCAUGUUCAUCACCCUGUCGCAGAUCACUCAGAUGUUGAUCGGUUGCGUGAUCAAUUACCUGGUCUUCUCCUGGAUGCAGCAUGGCCAGUGCCAUUCCCACGUGCAGAACAUCAUCUGGUCCUCUCUCAUGUACCUCAGCUACUUUGUGCUCUUCUGCCAUUUUUUCUUUGAAGCCUAUAUUGGCAAAACCAGAAAAGAAAGGAAGGUUGACUAGAGGUAGAAACGAGAAGCCAUAGCUCAGGGUCAUCAAGAAAAAAACAAAAUUAUAAGAAAAAAAAAGGCACAAGGAAACACAUAUAUGUAUGGUGCAGCUAAAACUUGGCAGCUUAGGGAAAGUUAGCUUGGUUUAACCCAGUAAGUUUAUGAUCCUAUCAUGGUGAGGACUCACUGAAUUCUACUCUAUCUCAAAGGACUGCUGAUGAAAGACAACUUCCUUCUUGUACCUCUCUGCUCUAGAAAAGAAGGAGAAAAGAAGAGAAAAUUCAAGAAAAAGAAAGAAAAAAAGAGAGAAGAAAAGAGAUAUGGAAUAAUGUUAAGGGGGGAGUAAAAAGUACAUUAAAUAAGCAGUGUGUUUCCCCAAGGUGGAGGAGAGACUUCUAUUUAGAAAAAGAAAAAAGGUUUCUAAAUCCUUUCUAAUAAUUUCUCUGCAUUAAACAACAACAACAAAAAAAAAAAAGCAGAGGUGAAAAAAAAAUCUGUCUAUAAUAACAACAAGAUUGCAGAAUUAAAAUUUUUUCCAUAGAAGGUUAAUACCUUCAGCCAAAGUGAAGCCCAAAAAGAUGUUUCCUGCAUGGAAACUGGCUGAACUCCACACUGUGGUUAUGUAUGGAAAAGAGAAGAGAUUGAUUUCUCUGCUAUGUACUCUGCCAGGAGAGCAGAUCUGGGAUACAGAGUGACUUCCCUCAGAAGGUGGAAAGGAGCAGUAUUUUUACAAGAGUUUAAUGUGAAAAGAUGCACUGUUGCAAUACAUAUCUCAGAGAGUGCAUUUCCAAGUGCAUUUUUCAGUUAAAGGCAAGGAAUUUCUGCAGCAGGAUAAGUCAUAGAGGGUUAAAUCAAUCAAUAUUUGCUAAAUUACCAGGGGCUAAUAGCGGAGGGAUGUUCAGAAAGGAGAGGGAGACAACUCCUCUCACAUGAUUUUUAGGAAUUAUCCAUUGCUCUUAAUUUAGCCCGCAGCAACACCGAAUUAAACGGGGGAAAUCGGGAGAAAUCGCAGUUAGCGAGAAGAGAGUGAUUUAUCUGCCCACUGUUUUCAGAACAGAGCCCUGUGGUACAAUCUAGAUUCUGUGUUUUUGCAGACACAAGGAUGCCUGCCUGAGUCGGCAGAGGUGGCAGGACUGUGCGACAUUGGGUAUCACUGUGCUUCUGCAUCUGCCUCCUGGGCAGUGCAAAGAUGUUCAAAGUGCCCUCCUCUGGUCAUGUGGAGAUACUACUACAAAACAUACCUGGAACAGGUUUUUCUUGAGAUUUGUGUAGGAAAAAAAUUAGUCUAAAUGAAGUAAUUUUGGUGCAACAGCUUGACUCUAAAGUCCAGAGAGAGUGAUCUUUCAUUAAACAAAUAUAUCUCUGCAGAAUCUGUACUGUAACAUCAGACUGACCGCUUAAGAAGACACUCUUUCUUCUCUGAAGUCAGCUACAGAUGUAAACAGAAAUGUAUUUCACUCUGAACCUUAGAGAGUUAGUUGAGAACAGCCAUAUUCUUUUAAAGACAAGUAGAUUGCAUUAUCUGUGAUAUUCCAGUCCUUACAAAGCCAAAUAAAAUGUGUAAAAGUUCCUAGUAUUUCAAAGACGCAAGUAUGUAAACUUGAUGUUAAAUGUGUUAAUGUAGUAUUCUAAAUUGUAACAGCUAGGUAGUUUAACUAAACAAUUAGAAGAACUAGAUCAACAAAAUAGGGACUGCUGUUCUGCAUAGAAUAUACACACACCUAUAACUACACCCAUAUACACAUUCUGUGAAUUGUCGACAAGAAAAAACAGCCCAGUGGCAGAGAAUCACAUUUCCUGGCUAAUGCAAAAGAUUGUCAUUAUCUUUCUUGCUUUAAUUUGAGAUUGUACAGUACAAAGGGGUUUCUUUAAUUAUUAUUUUUAGCUUUAAUUGUGCUGUCAUUCAUGAAACAGAGCUGCUUUAGUAUCCUGUUAAGAGAUGACAAGGGCUUUCGGUGUCUCAUUAUAUACAAAAGAAAAAAAAAUAAAAUUACAUUCCAUAUUAUGUGAAUGGUCUUACAAAUCAAAGGCCUUUUCAGGCUCAAAUCGUAAUUAUAACAAGCAGAAAAUGAGUUUACAUUUGUGUUAUUUAAGUUAUUGAUGUGCUGACAUUAUUUUAUGGUACAAACCAUUGCAAAAUGUGAUAUGCAGUAAUGAAGCUAUGAUACUCAUUAAUAGGACUACUGUAUACGUGGAAAUAUUAGACAAAACCAAUUAAAUGUGUAAAGCAUUUUGUUAUACAGCUUGGGAGUAGAUAAUUAUAACGCUGAAUAAGCCUUUUUCCUCAUGUUUAAUUUUGCCCUGGCUAAAAAGCAGGUUAAGAAGACCAGUAAAGAGUGGAAAAGGCAAAAUUAAAGUUAACUGCAAUUAGCUGAUAAAGUGUUAGUAGGAGCCCACCAUUGUGCCAUUCAGAGCCUCAGUCCCAUGUGUCUUAAGUCUCUCAGACAGAGCAAGAGGGGCUGGAAGUGGUCCAGUGUCUGGAGCUGAAGCUGGAGCAGACCUCUUGGACUCUCUGAAGUCAGUGGAGGCUUUGCUGUGCUUUGAACAGAGCCAGUGUGCCUGACUGCCUUUAUCUGAGCAGAGGGGAAGGAGCCCUGCAUAUCUCCUGCAAAUUUGAGGCUUAUGGCUCAUGACUGAAAACCUUUAUUGAUGGCAAGUGACAUCACAGCCUGGCAAGGACUUGCUGCCCAACUUUAACACAGGCAUGAAACAGGGUGGGCUGCAAACAGCAAUCACCCCUCUUUCAUACUCUGUUUUCCUUAAUUGCAUAGGAUUAAACCCCCAUAUUUCUUGGUCCUGGAUGGCAAUGCUGGCAAUGCCAACACUGAUUUCAGCAGAGCAAGAAAUUCACCUGCUCCUUCCCCAUCUCCCAAAGCCCUCAUGGGUGCUUCUGCACCGUUCCCAUGCCCAGUGCCCUCCCAGACAAGGCUGGCUGUGGGGGAGGCAGCUGCCCUGCUGCAGCUUCCCUCCUGCCUGGGAAGCAGCUCCAGUGCAGUCACCAGCCCGAGUGACCUCCUCAGCAGGCAGUGCAGAUGCACCCCUGGUGUGCAGGGGAAGCUGAGCACCAAAUGCAGGGGGCAUCCUGGCAGGUGACUGGGCUGCACACAAGCACACUUGUAGGGAUGUGGCAGCAGGAUCAGACAUGUAAGGUACAGUGACAAAUGAGGGAGCAUUUGUUGUCACACUGGGAGCUGGCUGUGACACUGCCAUUUGCUUCAGGAAAUUAGAACAUCACACACACAUUUACAAGGUCCUAUGGCCCUACUGUACCAGCAGGGUUUUCCUCUGAGGUUUUGCACUGGAGCCAAAUGGUCUAACUGCCAUUAAAGAAUUUGACAAAAAUACAAAAUACAGCUGACACUGUUUUUCUUACUUUUCUUCCCCUGAAACAUACAUGCAUCAUAUUUAGACAUCAUGUUUAAUCCACUUGCAAAUUCUUUAACACUGAGCUUGUCAUGUAAUGACACCUCAACGGUACUCCUGCUGUUCCAACCUUUGAGCCACAAGAUACAAACAGAGCUAAUUGGGUCCUACUUAUUUCCCCUGGCUUGGGUCUUGGAGUCAUAUUUUCAGAUUUUUCUGUCCAGUACCAGAACUCUUUUUUUCCCUAGUUAUUUUAAAGAAACCUGUAAUUCUGUUGUGUUCACACAUGCCAUGGGGAACUCAAACUUUAUAUAAAUUUACCAAGGGUUAUAGGACCUGUGACAUGUGUGAGACAUGCUAGAAAUGCUGUUAUGGGAUCCACUGUUAAAGUCAGGAAAGUUCCACUGUUGAUGAGGUCGCUCUACCAGGGUCAAAGUCUGUGUUUUAUGUUUUGAUGCAUUAAUGCAAUGUACUGAAAUAAAACCAGAAAGGUCAGUAUGGAUUUAUGCUUAGGCAGCUGCCAGCAGAAUUUGGCUCUUCCUUAAAACUACUUCUGUGUAGUGAACACUUUAAGGAAAAUAUUUUAAACUAGUUAGUGAAAGAACAAAAACUUGGAUAAUUCUGCAGCCUCCUUAAACCAUGCCUGUGAUGAGAAGGAAACCCCUGGUUCUUACAGAUCUUUUGUAACUCAGUCACAGAUGAUUUAGGUCUGGGCUCACUGAUAACACCCAACUAGGAGCAGCUGACUCCAAAAGAGACCUCUCACCAGCAUCUCACAGUAAAAUGAUUUGGGUUUUUUGCAAGAUAAGGGCCAAAGUGUGCAAAAGGAAUCACUCAAAAGAGUCAGGCAGAGUAGCAAGAAUGAAAUAUUGCACACAAGUUGCAGGAGAGACACAGAGGGAGAUCUAUUCCAUAUCCCAGGACAAAGUAUUUCCAGGGUGAACACUCACUCCCUUCCAAGAUGAGGAAAGGCAGUGUGGAAGGAGGGUGGGCUGCACAGUGCCAAGUGCUCAGGAUGAGGUGGCUGUUGGAAUGAAGCUUCCAUGUAGGGGUCCCUCCUGCAAAAGUUAAUUAGGCAGUUGCUCCCUGAGUGCCAAGGUGGGUGUGUGGGUUUGUUUGGAGGAACGUCCAUGGUUUGAUAA